AUGGCCGUCAUUCACACUGUCAUAUUCGGCUACAAACCCGAGGUUUCGCAGUCCGAGCGCGAUGCCAUCUACCAGAGGUUCCUCGGCCUGAAGACGCUCACCAAGGACGUCAACGGCCAGCCGUACAUUGUCGACAUCACCGGCGGCAAAGAGAACCUGUCGAAAGAGCAACUUGCAAAGGGCUUGGACGCUGCUUUUAUCGUCACCUUCAAGAACUUUGCGGACAGGGACUACUACGUCAACACCGACCCUGACCAUGCAGCCUUUGUCCAAGAAGCUGGACCAAAAAUCGCCAAUGGUUACGUCCACGAUUUUGAAGUUUGA